AUGGGGCUGAGCGCGGACCAGGUGAGCCUCAUCGGGCAGGUGUUCGAGUCCUACGUGCUGGAGCACCACAGGGACGAAAUCCUGGGCAUCCUGAGGGAGGCGGACGAGCAGGCGCACUACCCCGUCGUCGUCGACGCCUUGACGCUCUUCGAGACCAACAUGGAGAUCGGGGAGUACUUCAACGCCUUCCCCAGCCAGGUGCUCCCGGUUUUCGACAGCGCGCUGCGGCGGGCUGCGCUGGCAGCGCUGCAGGAGAGCGCGGACCCGGCGCAGCUCAGCCUCAAGCAGAACCUCCACGCCAGGGUCUCGGGUUUGCCUGUUUGCCCAGAGCUGACUCGAGAGCACAUUCCUAAAUCCAAGGAUGUGGGACACUUUUUGUCUGUUACUGGGACUGUCAUACGUACCAGUUCGGUGAAGGUCUUGGAGUUUGAACGGAGUUACAUCUGCAACAAGUGCAAGCACGUGUUUGUUGUCAAGGCUGACUUUGAGCAGUACUAUGCAUUCUGUCGUCCAGCAGCCUGUCUCAAUGAAGAAGGCUGCAACUCAACCAAAUUCAUGUGUCUCUCUGGAACGUCUUCUCCUACCUGCUGCAGGGACUAUCAAGAAAUCAAAAUUCAGGAACAGGUUCAGAGGCUGUCUGUUGGAAGCAUCCCUCGUUGCAUGGUGGUUGUUCUGGAAGAUGAUUUGGUGGACAGUUGCAAGUCUGGAGAUGACAUCACAGUGUAUGGAGUGGUAAUGCAGAGGUGGAAACCUUUCCACGAGGGUGCACGCUGUGACCUGGAGCUUGUUUUAAAAGCCAACUAUGUUAAAGUGAACAAUGAGCAGCUAGCAGGGGUUGUAAUUGAUGAAGAAGUUCGUAAGGAAUUUGAAGACUUCUGGGAAAGGCAUAAGAAUGAUCCCCUAGCAGGGAGGAAUGAAAUUUUGGCUAGCUUAUGUCCUCAAGUUUUUGGACUGUACCUGGUGAAGCUGGCAGUAGCCAUGGUGCUUGCUGGUGGUGUGCAGAGGACUGAUGCUGCCGGAACUCGAACCAGAGGUGAAUCCCAUCUUCUGUUAGUUGGAGACCCAGGUACAGGGAAAUCUCAGUUCCUCAAGUAUGCAGUUAAGAUUAUGCCACGCUCUGUGCUUACAGCAGGAAUUGGAUCUACAAGUGCAGGUUUGACAGUGACUGCUGUAAAGGAAUUUGGGGAGUGGAAUUUGGAAGCUGGAGCACUGGUGCUUGCAGAUGGAGGCCUCUGUUGCAUUGAUGAGUUCAAUAGUAUCAAAGAACAUGACAGAACCAGUAUCCAUGAGGCAAUGGAGCAACAAACCAUCAGUGUUGCAAAGGCAGGCUUGGUGUGCAAGCUUAGCACGAGGACAACUAUCCUGGCAGCAACAAACCCUAAAGGCCAUUAUGACCCCAAUGAGUCUGUCUCUGUCAACAUAGCUCUCGGCAGUCCCCUGUUGAGCAGAUUUGACCUGGUCUUGGUAUUGUUAGAUACAAAGAAUGAGGAAUGGGACCACAUAAUUUCAUCCUUUAUCUUGCAAAAUAAAGGCUGCCCAAGCAAAUCAGAAAAGCUCUGGAGCAUGGAAAGGAUGAAGACCUACUUCUGUCUUAUAAAAACCAUCCAGCCAAAAUUGUCUGAUGAGAGCAACCUGAUCCUUGUUCGCUACUAUCAAAUGCAGCGUCAGAGCGACUGCAGGAAUGCUGCCCGCACCACCAUCCGCCUGCUAGAGAGUCUGAUACGCCUCGCAGAAGCUCAUGCCCGGUUGAUGUUUAGGGAUACUGUGACUUUGGAAGAUGCUGUAACUGUGGUAUCAGUGAUGGAAUCUUCUAUGCAGGGGGGUGCACUUCUUGGAGGCAUCAAUGCCUUACACACCUCAUUUCCAGAAAAUCCAAUGGAGCAAUACCGAACACAGUGUGAAAUCAUAUUGGAGCGGCUGGAGCUGAAAGAUCUUCUGCACAAAGAGCUACAAAGACUUGACAGAUUGCAAAAGGAAAAUUCAUGCCAGCAACAGCCUGAAGAAGCAAAUUUCAGUACUACCACAAGGUGCUCAAAUGAGGAUGCAAUUGGGCAGUCAAAGCAAAGGUCUCAGUCAGAACCUUCAAAUCAAGAAGAGGAUAACUCUGGGCCACAGACACCUUUGCUUGAAGGCAGCUAUGAAGGGAAUAUUCAUCUAGAACCCUUGUGCAGCCAAGCACGUGGUAAUAACAAAAAUACAAACAGUCUGGCAUGGUUUGACAGUGUGGAAGGGAGCAGCAUUGAUGCUGGAGAAAAUUCUCUGAGGAAGUCUCCAGUGGCCAACAUAUCUCCGAAUAACUCGGCUUCAAAAACUUCAAGUUAUGAACAAGGAUCUGCUUCAAUACCAAGUAAGCAAAAUGGAGUAAGAGAGUCACUAGCAGCUGUGGAUCUGCAUGCUCCUCUGAAACAAAAGGACAAAGUUUCCAAGUUAAGGAGGAAAAGGACUGAAGAACACAACUGUUCUUCAGAGGAUAGUAUUGCAGACCCAGCACCGAGUGCUGGUGUGCAGGAUUCAGUUAUUAGACAGCAUGCUUCUAGAAGCUGGCAGAGGCUGCAUAGGGAGAAGUCAUAUGGAUUCUUUACAAGUACACAGGAUCCUGAGGCAAAGGCCCUUCCUUCAGAAUUACCUGCCUCUGGCCUGCCAGAUCUCUCAAGAAGUGAAGCUGCUGUGCCAGGAGAAGAGGACAGCAUAUCAAUAGCAGCAAGAAGUACUGCAGUUUCCAUAAGAAAAAGGAGUAAAGAUCAGGUAGUGAAGGAAACAAAGGUAGUAAGUUCCCACGAGCAAGAAGGUGAAAGUCCCCCAGCUGCUAAACUAGCUAAAUUUUCUUUCAGAUCAAGAGCAAAGCUUGGUCAUUCUUCAGAGAAGACAAAUGAAGAAUUUUCUCUUUUUCCAAGUGAAACUAUUUGUAAGCCGGGAGAGAAGCUCCAGGGAGAGCAGCUCCCAGAAGAAUGCUCCCCACGUGAGAAAAGCAAGAUGACAUCGACUCGUUUAGGAAAAUGUAGUUUGGAAAAAGGAUCAAUUGAUAAUAAAGGUAAAGAAGAGCAGCAGAGUCAGGCCUUAGGGAAAGAGAUCCAAGAAAAUGCAACGAUACGCUCUGGUGUCAGGUUUGAUGCUGUGUCACCUCCACCCACUGAGAAGCAAAGGGAGAGAGAGGACAAACUUGGUGGUCCAAGCACAGGGAAGGUGCACUCCAGCACAUUAGCUAAGCUGUCAACAUUCUCUUUUGUAUCACAUCCUGAGGCAAAAUCAGAAACCUCACCUGCCAUUAGGAAUGACACCAGCAAGGAAUGCCACAGCCCAUCACUGAAGGUGCACAUGGGCAAUCCUAGCAAAAGGAAGAGUUUUGCACUGGGAAAUUCUAGUAAAGCCAGAGUGGUCACAAAGACAUCUCUCUUCUCCAUAGCAGAAUUGGAUGAUGCUACAUUAGACUUUGAUUGGGAUAAAGAGAUUAGGAAAAAUCCAAGCAUGUAA